CCGACGCGGUUUUUCCCGUGGCGAAGCUCAAAAGUGCCGCGUUGUAUAGUUUUCCAUUGGAAAAUCCCGGAAGCAACUGCAACAUCGCUCCCCCGGGAAAUUCCAAUCCCCGAAACCCGUCAAUAAUUCCCGAGAAAAAUUUUCAAGUCCACCAAAAUCAUCGAGAUCACGAGUCAAAUCAAUUUGUGUAGUUUCAUCGAGAGUAAAUAAACUACCACCCCCUUGUGUCGUUCUUGCGGCCACUCCGGCAGUAUUGAUUUACCCUUCCCCUCAACAAUUGCCACUAAAGUGUCUUAUUUCCCUUUUCAUACCGACUUAUCAACAUUUUCCCAACUACCCCUAUUUUUUAAACAACACGUGAACAACUGAACAAUUAAAACUGGAAUUAAUUGCUUGGAUUUUAAAAUAGCGCCCGAUACGAGAGAAUUUUUGAAUCAAUCAGUUGCAUUGCUAUUGUUUUGGUUAUUUCCAUUGUUAAUUAAACAUUGGAAAUUUUUAUUGAAUUAUUGUUGAAGUUGAGUGAAUCGUCUGCUCCAAUAUGCGGAGAAAUCACUGCGCAAGGGGUAUCUCACGCUUUUCUUGACUAAAGAGGAUAAACAGUUUUUCUUUUUUUUAUAAGUGGAACCACUCGGUUUAGGGGUUGUUGUAAUUGAAGUGAAGUAAAAUGUCGUCGAUAUCGGCUCAGGGGGUUGUUGAGAGGGCGAGUGCCGAGUUGACGAAGAGGAUCAACGGAUUGGGUCUUCGAGCAUCAAAGCAUCAUGGGGGUGGUAAAGCCAGCGUAAUGGAACGCGUGACAAACGUGUUCUGCGGGGGUGGUGGUGGUGGUGGUGUUGCAUAUACCAAUCUUGCAAGUACCAACAACUCCAACAUGACACCAGAGAAGCCAAGCAGAAGUGCCCCCUUGCCCGUUAAUAAUCCAGUUAAUAUUGCUAACAACAAGGGUCUGUGUAACAAUAGCGCUGUCAGGGGGAGAAUAUCGAGAAAUCGCUCGAAACACGUACCUCUUGCCAGUGGAGGCACUGGUGGAUACCUUCCCCCAACAUCCUGGGAGCAACUCAUACUCGAUGAUCAUUUCUUGAGCCGAUUUUUCCUCUAUUUCAACGCCACCGAGAGACGAGUACUCGCUCAGGUUUGCACUCGGUGGCGAGACGUUUUAUAUGCGCGACCGCGAUUCUGGUCUGGUCUGGUGCCUGUGGUGAGGUGCAGGGAGGUCAGGGCGAUGCCUUCUGGAUCAAGAACAAAGCUCUAUGCUUCAUUAGUCAGACGUGGCUUUCAUUCUCUGGUGUUACUCGGGGCAGCCGAUGAGGAUAUACCCGAAUUAACCCACAGCUUUCCCAUGGCACAGAGGCACGUGCAUUCGUUAUCACUUCGAUGCUGUUCCGUCACUGAUAGAGGACUCGAGGCACUUCUCGAUCAUUUACAGGCAUUAUUCGAAUUAGAGCUGGCAGGAUGCAAUGAAAUAACGGAGGCAGGUCUGUGGGCCUGUUUGACCCCUCGAAUAGUCUCACUAUCUCUAUCAGACUGUAUAAACGUAGCUGACGAGGCUGUGGGUGCUGUAGCCCAAUUGCUACCGAGUCUAUACGAAUUUUCCCUUCAAGCCUAUCACGUCACCGACGCAGCACUGGGUUACUUCAGUGCCAAACAGAGCAGCUCCCUGAGCAUCCUGAGACUCCAGUCCUGCUGGGAAUUGACUAAUCACGGUGUCGUCAAUAUAGUUCAUUCUCUACCUAAUUUGACUGUUCUGUCGCUGUCGGGGUGCAGUAAAGUUACUGACGACGGGGUGGAAUUAAUUGCUGAGAAUUUACCGAGACUGCGAUCACUUGAUUUGAGCUGGUGCUCCAGAAUCACGGAUUCUGCACUGGAGAAUAUCGCGUGCGAUCUCAAUCAAUUGGAGGAACUUAUACUUGACAGGUGUGUCCAUGUGACGGAUAUAGGAGUUGGGUACAUAUCGACCAUGAGCUCUCUGAAUGCAUUGUUCCUGAGGUGGUGCUCACAAUUGAGAGACUUUGGACUUCAGCACUUAUGCGGCAUGAGAGCAUUACUCGUUCUCUCAGUUGCGGGCUGUCCAUUACUCACAAGCAGUGGCCUCUCCAGUCUCAUCCAACUCCGUCAUCUCCAAGAGCUCGAAUUAACAAAUUGUCCAGGCACAUCACGUGAACUAUUCGACUACCUGCGUGAGCACUUGCCACGCUGUCUGAUAAUUGAGUAAGAGAAUUAAAAAUUGAAAAAUGCUCAGGAAGAAUUUUCAAUAAAAUAGGAGAAAAUCAAUUCUAAGCCAAAUGCAUCGUUCGUUUAACUUUAAGUUUCGAUAACUGACGAAAGAUAUUAUUCAGCCGGGAUACACUUGUUAAAUAAAAAUGGUGAUUCGAUUUUUAGUAACUAGGCAAUUUUUAAUACACGCUGUCCCACUUUAUACGAUGAAACUGUUAAAUACCUAUUGAGUUGUCUACGUCCAAGAGUUCAUCGGUUGCAUUUUGUGGUGAAUAUUUUGGAAUUCUGGGGAGUUAAAUUGCUUUAUCAUAAAUAAAUGAAGAGGACAUAGGUAAAAAAUAGUGGUAGUGAAAGAGGACAGCAUUGUUAACGCUCCGUAGAGUGCACUCGUUGAUAUUCGCGGAGAACCCUUGGCGUAGAAACUUUAUGAAAUACCCUGAAGCCUCUCGACCAUCGUGAAAAUGGGUCGGUUGGCUUUAUUUGUGAAAUAGUUUUUCCUCAAAGUUUUUCCCUCACUCUUAUUAUCAAAUCCAAAACACAGAACUGCAGCAUUUCGCCAUUAAAUGGAAUGAAAAAAACUUUUCAUUUGCACGAUUGUGAGAUUUAUUCUUUGCUGUCCCUAGGUAUACACGAAAAAUAUACGAAUGAUUAUUAAAGUCAACUGCACUUCCAUUUAGUGACGAAAUUACGGGAUUAUGUAAUAAUCAAGGCAUUAGGGAGAGGAUUAAUAUUUAAUGAAUUAUGAAAAUCCACAUUGUGAGACACAAGGCACGCCAGUUAGGACUGUGAUAAAUUUAUAUUGUGUAUCUCUCUUCAUUUUUUAAUUAUCAUGUAUUUAGUGGUUGAACGUUUCGGCGGCUUCAGAUGUCUGCUUUGCUCGUUGAAGAGUUGGAGACACUUUAAAGGAAUAAUCUUACGAUAGUUUUGGAUGCUAGUCAAGUUCUAGGGGUGAAUUCAAAUUAAAAGACGUGUGCGAGUGUGUGAAAACAUUCCAAGAAGUGGCUGAAUCAUCGGGGGAAUUUAGUACUUAGAUCCUUAUGUUCAAUGUCACCCGACAAUACGUAAAUUCGAAUUCAAUUCAAUGAGACUAAUUUUUCAUAAUUCGAGGGGAUUUUUUUUCGUGGGUAAUCGUGAAAUAUUCGUAAGUUUUUAAAUGUAAUUUUGAUGUUUUGUCCAGUGGAGGGAAUUUAUUGGAAUAGUAAGUGUUUUAAUGACAUAUUCUGUUCGAUUAUGAUUUUGUCGAGGCGAUUGGGAAAAUUCUAAGGAAAUGUCUCGCCAAUGGUUUUUCGAAGAGAAUGAAAAUUGCGGAAAUUAUGAGGGAUUUGUCAAUGACGUGGAGAAUCAAUCGAUAAAUGUUAACUAAUUAUCAUUAGUUAGAAAUACGAAUAUUCGUCUGAUUUGGGGUGUUUUUGAGUACAAAAAACGCAUGCGAGUGGACAAUUUGUCAGAAAAAAUUUGGAAAGUGAAAGAAAUUAAUGACAAGAUGAUGAAAUCGACAUUUAGAUAUCACAUAGUUCAAACGAGAUAAAAUUUUUACAUAACU